GCCAAAUUUGAAGCAAGCUGAGACGCGGAGGCACGGCCACGAAGCUGAACCCGUCGCGUUUUACUUGGCUACCUUGGCCACUUGAGACCAGUCAUCAUGCCUAUCCGUGCUCUGUGUACCAUUUGCUCUGACUUCUUCGAUCACUCCCGCGACGUGGCCGCCAUUCACUGCGGCCACACUUUCCACUUGCAGUGCCUAAUUCAGUGGUUCGAGACAGCACCAAGUCGGACCUGCCCGCAGUGCCGAAUCCAGGUCGGUAAAAGAACCAUUAUCAAUAAGCUCUUCUUUGACCUUGCCCAGGAGGAGGAGAGUGUCUUAGAUGCAGAAUACUUAAAGAAUGAACUGGAUAAUACCAGAGCCCUGCUUUCCCAGAAAGAGAAGGAAAAACGAGACAGCCAGCUCAUCAUUGACACUCUGCGGGACACGCUGGAAGAACGCAACGCCACAGUUGAAUCCCUGCAGAAGGCCUUAGACAAGGCUGAGAUGCUGUGCUCCACCCUCAAGAAGCAGAUGAAGUACUUGGAACAGCAGCAGGAUGAGACCAAACAAGCACGGGAGGAGGCCCGCCGGCUCCGGAACAAGAUGAAGACCAUGGAGCGGAUUGAGCUCCUACUCCAGAGUCAGCGGCCCGAGGUGGAGGAGAUGAUCCGAGACAUGGGUGUGGGACAGUCAGCGGUGGAGCAGUUGGCUGUGUACUGCGUGUCCCUCAAGAAAGAGUACGAGAAUCUAAAAGAGGUGCGGAAGGCCUCAGGGGAGCUAGCCGACAAACUGAAGAAGGACUUGUUUUCUUCCAGAAACAAGUUGCAGACAGUCUACUCUGAACUGGACGAGGCCAAGUUGGAGCUGAGGUCGGCCCAGAAGGACUUACAGAAUGCUGACAAGGAAAUUGCAAGCCUGAGAAAAAAGCUAACGAUGCUGCAGGAAACCCUGAACCUGCCACCAGUGGACAGUGAGACUGUCAACCGCUUGGUUUUAGAGAGCCCAGCUCCUGUGGAGAUGCUGAACCUGAAGCUUCGCCGGCCAGCCUUCGGCGAUGAUAUUGACCUCAAUGCCACCUUUAAUGUGGAUACUCCCCCAGCCCAGCCCUCCAGCACCCAGCAUGGCCAUGCCAAGAGGCUCUUCCCAGAGAAGGCACAUUCUCCCGUUCAGGACGUUCUCAAGAAGAUGCCCAAAGGCCCCAAGCAGGAGUCCCAGCUCUUGCUGGGUGGCCAGCGCUGUCUGGGAGAGCCUGAUGAGGAGCUGGCUGGUGCCUUCCCUGUCUUCAUCCGGAAUGCUGUCCUGGGCCACAAACAGACCAAGGAGACCAGGGCAGAGCCCUGUCACAGCACAGAUGCAGUAAGGACUGGCUUCGAUGGACUUGGAGGCCGGACAAAAUUCAUCCAGCCUACUGACAGGACUAUGAUCCGCUCACUGCCCAUUAAACCAAAGCCCAAGGCCAGCGCUAAGCAGAGACUGGGGUCCAGGACAGGGCUCCCUCCCCCCCAGGCCAAGAUGCGCACCUUCCCGUGGUAGUGAGAACAGUGAGUCUGAUCAGUGGCCAGAUACAUGCCUCUGACUUAUAGGCCGAGGACUGCUGACUGGCUUGGCAGAUGGUUUGGGGUGCAUGGCCCCUCUUCUAGGACCAGCCCUGAGGACAAGGAUAAACAAGAAGAUGGGGGUGAAGGUGAGGCCCAGAAACUGUGCUUUUCCUGCACACACGCCCUGCCCCACCCCCCCAUCAUACUGGGUCUCCCUGUGAGAGCUGAUGUGAUGAGCUCACUGUUCCCGCCAGCAGGGCUUGCUCCUUAUUCCAGGCUCCCAUUUAUAGCCAUGAUCAGAUGUGGCUGGGCUGAUUCUGGUCCUCCAGACCAGGUUUUUUUGUUGACUGUAAGGACCAAAGUGCUUGAGGCUUCUCAGGCAGCCUCAGCCUGCCCAAGCUUCUGCCUGUCUCUGACUUGCUGUUGGCCUGGGCCAAG